CAUUUGUGCUCAUCUUCAGUCAACAUCGUGUCGUUGUUCCCGAUAUUACAGUACGUUGGCAAAGUUUGCCAUAUUCACUCGAGAGCCUCUUCCGGCAAAACGGUUUUAGAUUCCGAUAACACGUUCCCGUAGAAACGAGGCAAACUGACCGAAAAAACAGUUCGAAACAUGCUGCUUACGUUCCAGGACCGUUUGCGCAUUCCAUGGCGGGGUGGCGCAAAGCAAAUUACGCUCGACAGUGUGAUCACGCUGGUGGCACUGAUCGCGACACUGAUGAUGACGGCGAUUAGCUUUCAGUUCUGCUUGUUCAUCUUUUCCUUUAUUCCGAUGAUAUUGAUGUAUAUGAAGCGAUUUUGUGGCCUGAUUCAUUCGAAGACAAAAUUUUUCAUUGUAUGGUUUUUCGGCAGCUGCGUGUAUCUGUUGGCUUUGUUCGAACUGACCGUGCCGUUGCUGGAAAUACUGCCCCAGGAAAACAUUAGCUUGGUCGUACUGAUGACGCUUGGCUUUCUGUGUCUGUUCAAGGCAAAGCAACGGGCCGCAAUCGGUGAUUUGGCCGGUCUGCCAGACGUGAACGGCGGACAGCUGGAGAAUUGUAAGGGCCCGAAAGACACACAGGUGGUUAUGUUUUCCGAUCGUGAUGAUUCGGAUGAGGGUUCGACCGAUACGGAAAUAGGCCGGUUGGCGUGCCAGCUGUGCCGUAAGUACGUGCCCCCUAGAACGUACCACUGCAAGGUUUGUUCGGUCUGUAUGGUGCGGCAAGAUCAUCACAAUGUGUGGCUAAACUGUUGCAUUGGCAAAUCGAACCAUCGGUUGUAUCUGGCUGGCUGUUUAUUCACACUGAUGGCGUUGGUCGUGUUUGCCAAUCUAUCCAUGACGGCCGUUUGUCGCCCGACUCCGGUCUUUACCCUGUACGGAGUGAUCGUGAUGAUGCCGGAUGACUGUAACGACAUAUUUUUCCAAUACGACAUUGCACUGUGCUUCACAGGAUCGUUGUACGCCCUAAUGAUGGCUACAUUUUUAACCAUUGCCAUAUUGAAACAGAUCUGCUUCAUUUCCUUUGGCUUCUCCUUCGACGAGUGGCGCCGCGGAGAUCACGUGAAACGACGGAAUUGCUUCUGGAAUUGGAAAGCCUUUUGCCUUGGUCAGUAAAUGGCAACUUACUUACUUUCCUAUCAUAUCCAUUGCAUACUCACGCAACACUGUAGAGUGUGCCGUAUAUUAGGUUGUCCUUACAAACACUGUAUUGGGUUUCCCCUUAAGCUGCAUAGGUUCGAUCGCGGAUCGAUGUUUUCCUACGUAAGCGUACCGGAUAGUGUGGCGUUACUUCCGGAUUCAGUUACUCGUAGGCAGCUUGUAGACGUUAAGCAAAACUUUUGUCUCACACUUAAUAAUUACUAUGAGGAUGAUAUUGUUUACAUAGAAGUACGAUUUUUGAAUAUGAUUCCUAUACUAAUACUAACCCCCAAAAAAAAACACAUACGAUUACAAUACGAAACCGAAUAUGGAUGCAGCUUGAGUAGUACUGUUGUUGCGUGUCAUUUGUUUUGUUUUGGGCGUCAUUCAGGACAUUCGGAACAACUGCAAAACACCAAUCAAAGGCGAAGGAUAUGCUGUAUUGCGCAUUAAAUCUAGCUCUUGUUGCCGGUUGACAAAAAAAAGUCUUAACGUAGCAGUAGGACCCCCUAUCCGCAGAUGAAACGGGCGUGAUUUACUAACAUGAAAUGUUAAAACGAUAAGUAGGAUAAGAAUUGCACAAUAAAAUUUUUAAACUCAUAAA